CUUCCGCAUCCAGAAUGAUACCACAAUCCUAUGCGUGCAUCCAGGCUAUAGGUCUCUGCUAGAGAGUAAUCAGAUGAACGGCUCCCCCCUGUCAACUGGCUUGAGGCUGUUGAUGUAGACGGGCUUAUUAGUGUAUCGGCUAAUGUCAUGUUUUUACAUAUCAUUUUGUAUGUAAGUUAUGUGUUAUUAGAUAUUUCCGUGAGCUACCCACGCAGCUAACUUGAAUUGUCUCAUUCAGCCAUUUAUAUUCUAGCUACAAUCUGUUUGCUAGCAAGCUAGCUAACAUCACUCCAACAGCAGGUUAGCUAUCUAGCCAACAUCACUGUUAUUCGUGUUUCUAGCCGGCUACAUAGACACCCUGUGAAAUUCCCAUGCCCUGUGAAAUAUGAACGUCACAAAAAGCGGAUAUCGCGUUUUCUCUGCUAACUCCUCAGCAGCAUGCACGGAGUUGGCCAAGCAGAUCACUGAACGGCUCGGAGUUGAGUUGGGGAAAUCUGUUGUUUACCAAGAAUCAAACAGAGAGACUCGCGUGGAUGUGAAAGAGUCUGUGCGAGGACAAACCAUCUUCAUCAUUCAGACCAUUCCCAGAGAUGUCAACACAGCCAUAAUGGAGCUCCUGGUCAUGGCGUACGCCCUCAAGACCUCCUGUGCAAAGAACAUCAUCGGUGUCAUCCCAUACUUCCCCUACAGCAAGCAAUGCAAGAUGAGGAAGAGGGGUUCUAUUGUGUGCAAGCUGUUGGCAUCCAUGCUCGCCAAAGCAGGUUUAACUCAUAUCAUCACCAUGGAUCUCCACCAAAAAGAGAUCCAGGGCUUCUUCAGCUUCCCCGUAGACAACUUGCGUGCCUCACCCUUCCUGCUGCAGUACAUCCAGGAGGAGAUUCCAGAUUACAGAAAUGCAAUCAUUGUUGCAAAAUCGCCAUCAGCAGCCAAAAGAGCGCAGUCGUACGCCGAGAGGCUCCGCCUCGGCCUGGCCGUCAUACACGGAGAGGCCCAGUGUGCCGAGUCGGACAUGGCGGACGGACGCCACUCGCCACCCUGUGUGCGCAACACUUCAGGACAUCCCGGGCUCGAGCUGCCAUUUACUGUCCUGCCAUCCUGUAUUAUUUCUGCUUCUGCCACAGACUCGUCCCUAAAUGAAGUAAUGAUGGCCAAGGAGAAGCCGCCCAUCACUGUGGUGGGAGACGUGGGAGGACGUAUUGCCAUUAUAAUCGAUGAUAUCAUAGACGACGUGGAGGACUUCAUAGCGGCCGCAGACAUCCUGAAGGAGCGAGGCGCCUAUAAGAUCUACAUCAUGGCCACUCAUGGCCUCCUGUCCGCCGAUGCGCCCCGGCUCAUUGAGGAGUCCGCCAUCGACGAGGUGGUGGUGACCAACACCGUCCCCCACGAGGUGCAGAAGCUCCAGUGUCCGAAGAUCAAGACGGUGGACGUGAGCAUGAUCCUAGCGGAGGCCAUCCGCCGCAUCCACAACGGCGAGUCCAUGGCCUACCUGUUCCGCAACAUCACAGUGGACGACUAGAGCGUGGCCGAGGGAGGGAGGGAGGGAGGGAAGGGGUGAUGGAGGGGGCAGUCUAACCUCCCACGCCCUAACCUGGCUCCACCAGGUGCAGAAGUGCCAAGUGCUUCCCUCCUACCAAACACACGCAUACCCACACACUUCUAUGCAUUUACAUGGGAAAAAUGGGGAGUGCAGUGCAGCGACCACACAAGAAUGCAAACUCCCAAGAAUGUGUAAAGAUCUAUUUAGUAAAGCUAAAUGCAGGUGACCUGAGAUUAAAGGGUCCUAAAAGAAGAUAAACAAAAACAAAGGGUCUAGAACGUCAGAUAUAGUCCACGAUCUCAUUCAUUUAAACUUUUUUUUCUUUUUGAGUGGAAGCAAUAAACCUCAGCUUUACUAGAGCCAGUUUUAGAACAUGUGACUGAAACCUAUGCCAACCGCACACACUGACACAUACACACACACAGUUUGUGGGCUGUGAUUAAAACACUGUAAGCUAAGAAAGCUCCUCCAUUCUUACUGACAUGAGAGCAUUUACUUUGUGGCUUAGUGAUUCAGCACUUACUUGUUUUCCUACUAACACAUAGCUUUGACUCUAACCAACAUCUACUGCUGGAGGCCAGGACAGCACUGUGACUGUAUUUAUGUGACAUAUAUAAAAGAUUGCCUGCUGAACUGUGUUCGUUUUGUCAAAGCAAGCCUCUGUCUCAAUGUAACAUCCCAGACCAUAGUGCAGUAGCCUUAAUGAAACUCAUAAGAGGCGCCGUAAAUAUCUUGGACUGCACCGGUUAAAGGGAUUUAUUCAGUGUAUUCAAUGUAGUGUUAUUACAGUGGCUGGUCCCAGAGCUAACCAGGCAUAAACCAGGCGAUGUAGUGCUCUGAACCGUGUGCAUCUUACUCUGUGGCACGUAAGAGAGUGCUCCAAAAAGCAGGUGGCAUGGCACAGCUACACAUAUACUUAGCUCCGCUUGCUGAAUCACCCGUACAAACCUUCACGUGACUUGGCAGGGAUGGCUUGUCUUGGGUGGUGGACCACAUGAGGUUUUUUUUUUUUCGAAUUGCUUAUAGUAAAACCACACACUUUUUUUUUUUUUUUUCUCCUCCUCUAUGCCGUCCUGACUUGUAGACAUGAGUCAUCAUGGCCAUUUCCCGGUACUUGCUGUGUGCCCCUCCUCAGCUGCAUAGCGGAUACAUGUGGCCAGGUUUGGCCUUUUGGAGCGAUGCAGAGAGGCAUGGUGUUGGACUUGCACUUUUGCCUCAUUCUUGUGUGUGUGACAUACUGUAAGCGUUGAGUUUUAGGAGCCUUAUGCUCAGGGAGAUGUACUACGCAGAAAGAAAAAUCACUCAAACAAAAAAAAAUGUUACAGAAAGUUCUGUUUUUGCUCGUAUCUGAGCUUGUGCCUCUUUGUGUUUUUGCCGUUUGCUGUAUUGUCUCUCCAUAUACCUGUUGUCCUGUGCGUAGCCUGUAGCCAGUUUUAAUUGGUUGCCUUCCCUGGUGAACUGUCUGUUUGUUCUGACAUGGUGUGUUGUGGUCUGCGUCAGUCAUUCUGACAGACAGAGGCAGGUGGCAGGCACAGGUCACCUCUCCGCAGAUGUGUCUCCGUGUCUGACAGCAGUUUUUCUGAGUUUCCAAACUCUACUUCUCUGUGGUUAGUGCAAAAAUAAACCCUUUGUGUGUCCCUCACCCACACACACUCACACACAUACACACACACCUGGAUUGAUGUAACUUGACAACUUGCGAGGCAGUCAUAUUUUUGUAAAUAAAUGCAACUUGGCUUGA